CCCACGUCCCUCCUCUUUGCCUAUCCUAGACUUUAAAUUGCCAUGGCGUCGCGUCGAGGUGUCGGGUUAGGUGCCUUCGCAAAUCGCUCUCAGGCUAGCCAAUUCUACGCCAACCAUGGCGCCAAUCUACGUUCCACGCAUCUCUCCUCCCUGCAGGCACAAUUAUCCGUCUUCCAGUCGUUACUCCACACAUUCGCAUUAGAGCAUAGCUCGACGAUAAAAUCAAACCCAACGUUCCGUGCAGAGUUUGCUCGCAUGUGCAAUGCAAUCGGUGUUGACCCACUUGCAGCGAGUAAUGUUAAAGGCAAAAAUGGUCGGAAGGGAAUGGGUGAAGGGGCGAGUUUCUGGACCCAGAUCAUGGGCGGGGAUAUGAACGACUUCUACUUCGAGCUUGCCGUCCGUAUAGUAGAGCUUUGCCGAGAAACAAGAAGUGAGAAUGGAGGCUUAAUAGGCGUCGAGGAGUGCCGUAAACGAGUAGGUAAAGGCAAGGCUAUAGGGAGCGGGUUGGAAGUAACUGAUGACGAUGUUCUACGUGCCGUCAAGGCUUUGGAACCUUUGGGCUCGGGCUUCUCGAUUGUCCGCGUUGGUAGCAAACAAUACAUCCGAUCGGUCCCUAAGGAGCUUAAUACAGACCAAGCCACUGUGCUCGAGGUUAUUCAAAUCCUUGGCUACGUGAGUAUAUCCAUGUUGCAGAUAAACUUAAAUUGGGAAACGGCUCGGGCGCAGACUGUUAUUGAUGACCUUCUGGCGGACGGCCUGGUGUGGCUUGAUGUCCAAGGUGAAGAGAAUGAGUAUUGGUCACCACAGAAUCUACUCGACGAUAGUGGAUGAGGCUGUUCUCUCACUAGAAGAGAUGCGAGCGAGCUAUUUCAUGGGCGUUAUAUCAAUUGAGUAGAUGACGCCCAAGGUUUCGUUCGACCAUUUCGAACCCUUACUUGUAUAGACAUUGAAGCUUACACAGCUAUCAUCAUGGUGUAUUUGAGGCUACAGACGCAUAAAGAUUAACGAACAGCCGAAUUGCCCGAUGGGUUGGCAAAAUAUUGGGUAUUAGCUAUACCCAUCCUUAAAUACGCCCUAAUAGAAUAUAUAUUUUCAGAACUGCACGCAACUCCACCACAAGAUCCAGGGACUGACA